AUAUUUGUCAGUAUUCAGUAAUAAAUAAAUGGCUGUGGAGGUUAGUGACCGUCUAUCGAUAAUAUUAGUGUUAUAGUGAAUCAACGACAAUGCCUUACUGGUAUUAUGAUAAAAAGGAUCUGCAGAACACGCCGUCGUUCCGCGAUGCAAUAUCCACGGACACGGAAAAUCGGUACAGGAAGGAAGGCGCGAGGUUCAUCAUCGAUACUGGCUCGAAGAUGGACCUAGGUUAUAAUACAGUGGCCACUGGAGUUGUUUACUUCCACCGCUUCUACAUGUUCCACUCGUUCAGAACAUUCCCGAGGUACAUCACCGCGUGUUGCUGCCUCUUCCUGGCGGGCAAGGUGGAAGAGACGCCAAAGAAAUGCAAAGAUAUCAUAAAGGUUGCCAAGUCGUUGCUAACAGAGCAGAAAUUCGCUAGUUUCGGAGACGAUCCCAAAGAAGAGGUGAUGACGCUGGAGAGGAUCUUGCUGCAGACGAUCAAGUUCGACCUGCAGGUGGAGCACCCGUACGGCUACUUGCUGAAGUACGCCAAGUGCCUGAAGGGCGACAAGGCCAAGCUACAGAAGAUGGUACAAAUGGCGUGGACAUUCGUUAACGACAGUUUGUGCACAACAUUAUGUUUACAAUGGGAGCCGGAGGUCAUAGCGGUGGCUCUGAUGUUCCUCGCCGGCAAGCUCAGCAAGUUUGAAGUGCUGGACUGGAACGGUCGGAAUCCUAAACACACAGCAUGGUGGGACAUGUUUGUUGAAGAUAUUACAAUGGAACUGCUUGAGGAUAUUUGUCAUCAGGUGCUAGAUCUGUAUUCGCCGCAGCCGCAGUCUUCAGGCGGCGACUCGCCCCCCGCGCCCUCUGCCGCCAAGCAGCCAAAAAACGAGAAGAAGCCUCCCUCCAUUACACCGCCCACUUCCGCAUCACCUGUCGCCGUAGUAGUUUCUAAGCCGGUGUUGACCCCAAUGAAGAACGGCGCGGAUAUCAAGAUCGAGCCGCCGAAGAUGGAGCCGAUCCGGUACACGUAUCCCGCGUACCCGGGCCUGGCGGCGCCGUACCCCGCGGUGUACUCGGCGCCGCCGCCCGCGCUGCCGCCGCCGCCGAGGCUGGCGCCGCCGCCGAUGUACGCGGAGCCGCCGCCGCCCGCGCCGCCGCGCUUCCCGCCGGUCAACGUGCCGCCGCCCAACUACUACCCGCCGCUGCGGCCGCCCGGCCCGCCGCCGCGACCCUACUACCCGCCUCCCUGAUCCUAGUCUAAGCGAUAGGUUAUUGUAUAAUUUUUUACCGAAAUAUAAUUUUAGACUAUA